AUGCCUCCCAAAGGCUCUCGAAUGUCCACCGGGAGUGCCGGCCCCAACGUGGGCGUCCCCAGGCAGAGCGAGAGAACCGCCUCGGAGAACAAGGAGAGGGCAUACAUUGCCGCCUCACGGAGAGGCGACCGCAGCCUCGAAGCCCGUGUCCAGUCCGCCUAUGCUGCUUCCGAGAUCCACAAGCAGCGCACUGGCAAGGCCCUCAAGGUCUCGGAGCAGAUCGUCCUGAACGAGGAAAUGUACGAGGAGGAAGACGACCUUCCCGCCAGGUACUCGGCACUACUCAACAACAACGACAUUCUGGCCAGCAUGCCCCGCUUCCAGGCCUAUGCCAUUGCAACUCUCGGCACGCGAGCCGCAGCAUACGACAGGUUUCCCAACCUCCAGAGGGACCUCCAACGAGAGGCAGACGUCAACGCGCAGUUUGCCGAGUUCUUUGGUCCCCGUGGCUUCUCGACCCGCCCGGCGGCAGGCUUUCAGACGCACGGCUCUAGCGCCCAACAGGCCCAGUCUUCGCCACAGAUGACCACCGCUCCCUUCUCGCCAACGACUCCGUCCCACCAGCCUGCAUUCCACUACCCCAGCCCUCAGAACGCACUCGCCAGUCCUGUCGACAGCCAUGUCGGAAGUCCAGCCACAGCCAAUCCCAUGGCCUCCAACAGCGCCUUUCCCUCGCCCAGCAUGCAAAUGUCUAUGCACCAAAGGAGCAUGUCAAUGGGCCACAUGGAUGCCCUGCAGGUGAACACAAAUGCUCAGUCUAGAGCCUCAAGUAUUUCGCCCGUCAUCGCGCCUCAAGCCUCCCAAGUGGCGGGACAACGCCGAAGCUUUGGAGAAGCUUUCCCGGAAACACAGUCGCCCUCGUCGACGCCAUCAGUGCCGGCCGCGUUCCGCCAGGUUUCAGGCAUGCCGUCCCCAGGAAUGCCAGCCCCCAUGGGAACGCCCCGCCAGCAAAACAUUCAGCGCCGAAUGUCAUCGCAGUCAAUACCCAUGUCGCCUGGUUCGCUCCAGCCGACGUAUGGGACAGGCUUCACUAGCGAAUUACCAGGUAAUCUGCGCGGCAUGUUCCCACAGGACACCGACUUCGCCGGAUUCUUCGCCGGCGGGCAAGCUCCACCCACCACCGUAUCAAACGCCACUCAGGCUCCUUUCCAACUCCAGCAGCACGGAGAUUUACGUGAGCUACGUGCCAGGAAACAGUCCCGUGGCCGGAACACCCAGCAGAAUCCAGCGCCCAAGAAGGAGUCACAGGUAGUGAUGAAGCGCGAUGGGGAGCCAACGCCAAAUGUCAAGGCCGAGAAAUCAGCAGAUGAAUCUUUCGUGAAGAAUGAGACCACGACAGAGGACCAAGUAUUCGACGGGAACGACCCAUUGCAUCUCUACACCGGGAGCCAGCCUCUUGGAGCCGUCAAGCCUGAGACAAGUCUUUCGGAUGAUACGGUAACACAAACCCUUUCUGACGGUCUCGAGGGUAGCAACUUAGGCGCGGACAAUUUCCAGCAGUUCUAUGAUGCGGAUGACUUCACUACGGAUUUCUUCAACAGCAACUCUAAUUUCGAUCAGUUUGACUUCGAUUCGUAUCUUCAGAUUCCCGCAUCGCAGCCAGAAGUUGAGAAUGACUAG